UGUUUUCCAGGGACGCAACAACCCGUAGUGUCACACUUAAAGCGUUCCGGAGUUAGCGGCAGGACAUUUGUUAGCUAACACAUAUAUAUGUGUAUAACCUAUAUGUUGUGCUAGUGUAGCUAUCAUUAAAUAAACAGGUGCGUGUUGUGUCAUGGCGGUGUUCACAGAGUAGCUGUUUAGCUCCAAGAUGCUCUCCAUGCAGUGGGUUCCUUCCCCUUGAGGCUGACCGCAGAGCAGGAUGCCGGACACUGGGAACCAGUCCUGUCUGAUGGGAGCCGAGGACACCGUCUCCUUCCUGGUGUGUGUGUUCCAUGCGUGGGAGGAAUGGGCCGGCCUCGGCCAGCUGGAGGACUACCUGAGUGUUCUGGAGUACCUGGUGUGGGUCUUCACCCCUCUGGCCAUCGUCUUCAUCCUGCCCUUCCUCAUCGUCAUCCUCAUUUACCUCUCCAUACUCUUCCUUCAUGUCUACAAGAGGAAGAAUCAGCUGAGGGAGGCUUACUGCAACAACCUGUGGGACGGAGCCAGGAAGACCCUGGCUACUCUGUGGGACGGACAUGGAGCCAUAUGGCAUGGUUAUGAGAUCCAUGGCAUGGAGAAGAUCCCUGACAAAGGACCAGCACUGAUAGUUUACUAUCACGGAGCCAUUCCCAUAGACUACUAUUACUUUCUUGCCAAUGUUAUCAUCCAGAAGGGACGGCCCUGCCACUCGGUAGCUGACCACUUCCUCUUCAAAGUUCCAGGUUUCAAGUUACUGUUGGAGGUGUUCAGUGUGAUCCACGGUCCUCAGGAGGAGUGUGUGCGGGCUCUGAAGAGUGGUCACCUGUUGGGCAUUUCUCCAGGUGGCGUGCGGGAGGCUCUGUUCAGUGAUGAGACCUACCCUCUUCUCUGGGGCAAACGCAAAGGCUUCGCCCAGGUCGCCAUCGACUCUCAAGUGCCAGUAAUUCCAAUGUUCACUCAAAAUGUGCGGGAAGGCUUCAGAUCUCUGGGAACACUCAGAUUUUUCCGCUGGCUGUAUGAGAGGUUUCGCAUCCCUUUCGCUCCUGUUUAUGGUGGAUUCCCUGUGAAGUUUCGGACCUUCCUUGGUGACCCCAUCCCGUACGACCCCAACGUAAACGCUGCGGAGCUGGCAGAGAAAGUGCAGCAGGCAGUUCAGGCUCUCAUAGACCAGCACCAGCAGAUCCCAGGGAACAUCCUGAGAGCCUUGUUGGAGAGAUUUCACACCAAACACAAAGACCAGUAACAUAAGCAGUACAACAACGCCGACGAAGGAUCCGCGUGUGACCAAAAGGACACGUGGCAUUGGCUCAGACGGCUGCCGUGUGCACAGGUUUGGUGGAACAUGGUGGAGUAUUUGCACAGCUUUCAUCACUGCUUCCGAACACACCGGCUGCUGAGGUUCCAUGUAUACAUUUGUUUUUCUGAUACGCUUCCUUGCUUACAUUGACUCCCUUUUCCUUUUGAUGAAUCUGUUUAAAAACUAGACUUGUGGAAGUUGUGAUGUUGUGAAUGUCCCCCCAAACGCAGAGUGAACUUUUCACACCGUGCAAUUGAAUACAAAGUCGAUGCAAAGACUGGUGGGCGAACACAACACUUUGGUUCUUUGCACGUUUGCAAGUUGACUUUUUCCGACAUUUAUGUGGCGUGAAUGUCUAGCAGCGUGGAGAUUCCACUGACGUUGAAUCUGAAAUGGAGGAUUACAAGGUUACCAGUAUAUACCUCAUAUUUGUAUAGAAAUUUGACAAAAAUAAUAAGUGUAUAAAUGUACGUGUACACAAUAGAGUUUCGAAGGAGCAGCUAACAAUGUUACCGUAGCCUAACACUGGACGUGUUCGUCUCGUGUGAUUGACAAACGAUCCCGCUGGUCAAACCCACUCAACAUUUGCUUCUCGUUUGCUGUGAACACAUCGCUGAACCCAACACAUCACUGAACCCAACACAUCGCUGAACCCAACACAUCGCUGAACCCAACACAUCACUGAACCCAACACAUCACUGAACCCAACACAUCACUGAACCCAACACAUCGCUGAACCCAACACAUCGCUGAACCCAACACAUCGCUGAACCCAACACAUCACUGAACCCAACACAUCGCUGAACCCAACACAUCGCUGAACCCAACACAUCGCUGAACCCAACACAUGGCUGAACCCAACACAUGGCUGAACCCAACACAUCACUGAACCCAACAGAGCUGAACCCAUAUGUGUAUAUAUAUAUGUGU